AUGGUCCUCCAGAGCGCAAAGAAAGAAGGACUUGGACACACAGAUGAUGUGGUGCUCAUCAGCUCGUGGUUAAACACGAGCAAAGAUCCGGUUGUAGAGAAUAAGCAAAAGUCUGUUGCCUUCUGGAAAAGAAUUGUAACGUACUUCAAUGAUAGUCCGAAACUGGCUGGGUGUGAAAAUAGAGAGGCUACCCACUCUAGACAUGAUGGAAGCUCCAAAAAGAGGAAGUGUGAGGAAGGUUCACAGUCUGCAAGCUCCAAAGGAAAUGAAACUGACAGUGCUCUAGAUGAUGAAGGAACCACUCGCCCUCCGGGUGUUAAGGCUUCAAAAGGCCGUGGUAAAAAGCCCGUGGAGCUGUCUGAUUUUAAGACUGUGUGGAGCAUUAAGAAGCAAUAUUUGGAUAUGAAGGAGAGGCUGUCGAAGAUUAAGCUCCUUGACAGUCUCAUUGGAAAACAAGGACCCUUAGCAGAUUAUGAAGAAGCUCUGAAGAAGAAGCUCGUUGAUGAGCUGAUGUCUAAUUAG